AUGGACUCGGAUACCAAGGCACCAGCCGCUACUGCGGCCAGCGCCGAAGCGGUCCAGCGGGCUACGGCACCCGUGCCGCGCACAGCGUCCACUGUGGAUGCCGGAGCGCCUUCACUCCCGCUUCCACUCGGCUUGGAGACGCUUAGGUAUCCGACUGCAUCUUCGUACUGGCUAGCCAUCCUCAACAUCUUUGGCGACGCACUGCGGCCCGUCGGUUCGGACACCUGCGACGUCGAGAGAAUCUGCGCCAAGGCCGCAGUCGCUCUCAACAUGCUCUGUCCCGCCAUCGACGAGAGUCUUCCCGCUCAUGAUCAUAUCAUUGCGGACGAACCCGACGGACGCUCCGUCGGAGACGAAGAUCAUGAAAACGCCUUUGGCGAUUCCGGAGACAAUGACCACGAAUACUCCGUUGGUGACUAUGUGUGGGAGGUCUGGACCGUGUAUCUUGACGCUGUCCGCGCCAUUCCGGGCGAGACAAGUUAUGCCGAUAAAAAGAUGGCAAUCGAGAUCUAUGUCGGCAUUUUGGAUGCCCUGCGCCAGCUACCACGUGGUGUUGUCCGGUUAUGGUACCGUGAACAUCGACUCUGGAACGACCUGCCUUUGUUUGACGAAUUCAUGGCCGAGAGCGAGAAUGGGCCGUGGCUCGCGGACGAGCCGUCCGACGAUGCGAUCCGGCAGUUUUGCAACCAGAGCGCUCUUCGAGCACAAUUUAGCAACAUUGACAUGGCCCCAUGGGAAAACUACGGCAUGGAUCCCUUACGAGAUGCGCUGGAAGGUGGAGAGACGAAAGGAGAAGAGAUGGAAAACAUGGCGGAGAGCAACGACAGCAAAGACAGCAAAGACAGCAACGACAGCAGCGACAGCAGCAGCAAGAAAGGCGACAUAUGGACGCAGCGUCGGAAGUGCGACAUACUGGCGGCUACAACGUGGCUCAUCUACGGCAGCCCAAAGCUGCUACAGCUGGCCCAAUUAAGCGACUCGCACACUGAACAUGACGGCAGCAGUCGCUUCACUGAUGAUGAUGAUGAUGAUGAUGAUGAUGAUGAUGUUUCGCCGGGUCCAUUGUUUCGGGCGGAGCAUCCAGACGCCCGACAUGGUAUGUCUGGGGUGCGCUGGAGCUUUUGGAAGGUCAAGUUGGAAGCAUUACUACUGCCACACAAGGUCUCAACAUUGCCCAAUGAUGUGCGGGACGCUGUGGCAUGUGCCCUUGCGAAGAUGGAGCAGGCAGAACAUGAGAGAGCGGAGCACGACGCUGCACUGACGCGCAAGUUUGAGUUGCAGAUGGAGAUUGAACUUCAAGAGGAGAAGGAGAAGAAGAUGACAAAGGCUACAGACAUUUUCGAACUGGAGAAACUCCGACGAUUCACAUCCACGUCGACCGAGCUGGCCAUCCUCGCCAUCUUUCGCCAGGCACUCCGGUCGGAUGUCGUUUCGGAUGUUGAGAAAACGUCUGCCUUGGCAGCGGCCGCCAUUAACGCGCUGUGCCCCCCGAUAGGAGACACCCGCAACAGCCACGCAGCGUCCGAGGUCAUCGAGACGUUUCUGUGGGAGCUGUGGACCCUCUAUUUGGAAGUCGCACGGUCCGUCCCGCACAAUACGGAACAUCCCGGUCAAGCGACCCUGAUUGGCAUCUUGGACGCGCUGCGCCUACUGCCCCGCGGUACCGUCACAAUCUGGAACGGCGAGAUGGAGCUCUGGAGUGCGUUGCCCUUGCUCCGGGCGGUGGUUUUCGACCACAGCAGCGGCCCGUGGGGUGGAUCGCCGGGCGUGGAUGAGGACAACGAUGUGGACGACGAGGCACAAAGAGAAGACGACGUCCGUUACUGGCGCAACCAGAAUGCCUUUUUAGCGCGUUGUCUGCAGGAAAAACUGGCCACGUGGGACGCCUAUGCUGUCCGAGCCAUGGAGAAGGCGUUGGAAGGAAGAGAAGAAGAGGAAAACGAGAGGGGGGAGAUGGGAGAGACUGGAGAGACUGGCGAGACUGGCAAGGCUGGCAAGGCUGGCGAGACUGGCGAGACUGGUGAGGUUGGACAUGGUGACAAGACACCAAAGACGCUCACGACUCGACAGCGAUGCGACCUCCUGGCCGCAACGACAUGGGCGAUCCACAGCAGCCCGGCGCUACUCGACGCGGCGGACAUGUACGAUGUCUCCCCGGCGCUUGGAAGUGGAAGCGGCGAGGACAAGACGGCGCUGGAUCCAGGCCCGCGGUUCCGCGCCAGAGUGCCGGACGCGCGGGCUGGUUUGACCACGGCGCGGUGGGCGUUCUGGAAGACGGAGUUUCAGGCUCUGUUGCAUUCGCCAAAGGUCAUCGUGACUGACGACGUGCGUGAGGCCGUGGCGCUGGCCGUGGAGCGGAUGGAACUGGCGGAAGCAGAAAAGGCUGAAAAAGAGGACGACAACUUUCGCGAGUGGGAGGCGGAAAUGGAGCUGGCGGGAGACGACGGCGGGAGUGAUGAUUACGGUGACGACUCUGAUUGA